GCAUUACAUAAAAAAGUUUUUUAUAGCCGCUUUUAGUUGGUUUUGACAACCUAAAUUUUGUCGUCCAACCCGCUUUCUCUCUAUAUGAUAUGCAAAGCUACCUAAGGCGUUCUGGGCUUUCUAAACUAUCUAAUGUUAGGACUUUGCCAUUGAUAAACUGUCAGUUCCAAUCGCUGGUAGUGAGUGAAAGGUCGAUACUGUUAUCAUUUGAUCCUUUUUCGUUUCUGCUUUAAAGUCAAACAUUUAGUUGAAUCUGAACUUAUUCCGCUAUAGUCGAGUGUACUGUACAGUUAGACGUAUUACAACUUUGCUGAUUCACAUACGAAAAUGGCACGAGAGUACGAUUUGAUCAUUUUUGGUGCAACGGGAUUCACUGGUCAGUAUGUCGUUAUGGAAGUAGCUCGUGUUGCCGACGAAGAGAAACUCACUUGGGCAGUUGCUGGUCGUCAUGUCGAAAAGUUAAAGCAAGUUUUGGAAAAAGCUGAGAAUGUGACUGGGAAAUCUCUCACGAAUGUUGGAGUCAUUAAGGCAGAUGUUAGUGAUCCAAAUUCACUUAGUGAGAUGGCCAAGAAAGGGAAGAUUGUUCUAAACUGUGUGGGGCCUUACAGAUUUUAUGGAGAAGCUGUAGUGAAAGCCUGUGUUGAAAAUGGAACAAGCCAUCUUGACAUAAGUGGGGAGCCUCAAUUUCUUGAAAGGAUGCAAUUGGAUUACAAUUCUACUGCUCGCGACAACGAUUGUUAUGUAGUGGGUGCUUGUGGAUUUGACAGUAUCCCAGCUGAUAUGGGAACUGUUUUUCUAGAACAAGAAUUUGAUGGGCAAGUCAACUCUGUUGAAACAUAUUUGAAUAUCAAGGCCAAACAUGGAUUUCGUCUUCACUACGGAACUUGGCAGAGUGCUAUCUACGGGUUCGCCUGUGCCAACGAAUUGAAACCGUUGCGCAAGAAGCUUUUCCCUCAGCGAUUGCCCGAGUGUCAACCAAAGCUAAAGUCUAGGGGACCACUCCAUCAAAAUCCAAUCGUCAAAUCAUGGUGUCUACCAUUUCCUGGAUCUGAUCGCUCUGUUGUAAUGCGAUCUCAGCGGUACUUAUACGAAAAGGAAAAAAAGCGCCCAGUUCAAAUGUCAGCGUACGUACAAUUCACUUCGUUAAUUGCGGCUGUACUGAUGAUCUCAACGGCUACCGUGUUCGGUAUUUUCGCGAGUUUCAAAUUCGGACGCAGUUUGCUGGAAAAGUACCCAAAAGUCUUCUCAUUCGGCGCAUUUGACCACAAAGGUCCAACUAAGAAAGAAAUGGAUGGAACGUCGUUUGUUCUUACUUUAGCUGGUAAAGGAUGGAGUGAGAAACUGGCAGAGCCGACGGAUGUGAACAAGAGCCGCCCCGAAAAAGAGCUGGUGGUUCAAGUGUCUGGACCUGAACCAGGUUACGUUGCCACACCAAUAUGCUUGGUACAAGCCGCUCUUGUACUCCUUCGCGAAGCUGAUAAACUGCCCUCUGAAGGGGGAGUGUAUCCACCUGGAGCGGCAUUUGGUAAAACUUCCCUGAUUAAACGUUUAACCAAAUAUGGAGUCAAAUUCGAAACUGGACUCAAAAGUUCCCUAUAAGAAAAUGAAAAACAUUUGUUGCUGCACUUUUUCUU